UUUUUUUAUAGGGAAGCCCUUUUUUCCCCUUUCCUUUUUCUUUCGAAUUUUUUUUUAUCCCCCUCCCCCCUCCUUUAUUUAUUUUGUGGUAUGCCUUCCAAUAAGAAGGAUCCUCAGCUUAGUGAAGAGAUCCUGGACGAUCCUCUUCCCUUUCAACAAGAAAUAGGGAAGGCGACAUUUUUCGUUUAUGUUCUUGUAUUUUGUGUUUGUGUGGGUGGCUUCCUUUUUGGUUAUGAUACUGGUGUCAUAUCUGGUGCUCUUUCUCCUAUUCAAGAAGAAUUCAAUCUUAAUAAGGUUGACCAAGAAUUGAUCGUUGGUGGUACUACCUUUGGUGCCAUCUUUGGAGGUUUCUUUGCUGGUUUGUUUUCAGACAAAUUUGGACGCAAGCGAUUGAUCUUGUUUGCAUCUGUGGUAUUCAUUGUAGGUGCUUUGUUAUUGGCCUUGGCUCCUAAUUUUGCAUGUCUCCUUGUGGGAAGAUUGGUAGUUGGUUUAGGUGUAGGUGUGGCAUCCAUGAUUGUCCCAGUCUUUGUCAGUGAAAUUGCACCAAAAAAUGUCCGUGGAAGACUGACAACACUCAAUACACUUGUGAUCACGUUUGGUCAAGUCAUUGCUUAUGUGAUCAACAUUGCAUUUUCAAAUGUCGAUCAAGGUUGGCGAUAUAUGUUUGGUCUUGCUGGUGUUCCUGCCCUUUUCCAAUUGGUGGUGAUGCCCUUCUUACCUGAAUCACCUCGGCAUUUGAUUAUAUCUGGAAAACAAGAAGAAGCAAGAUCGGUUAUUCGAAAAAUCUAUGGCGAUAGUGUGUCCGACGCAUUUAUUGAAGGGGAAAUUGCUUUGAUUGCUGAUGAUAUUCAAAUUAGUCAUGCAGGUCAAUUCAAGGAUUUUAAACAGGCCGAGCAUUAUCGUCCUCUUAUUAUCGCAUGUAUCUUACAAGCUGCUCAACAAUUAUGUGGAUUCAAUGCAGCUAUGUAUUAUGCAGCAACAAUCUUACAGAUGGCAGGUUUUCGUAGCAAUCAAAACUCAACAAGUGUGGCUAUCAUUGUAGCGGUGACGAACAUGGUAUUUACGAUGGUAGCAGUGGCUGUUAUUGACCGAGUAGGACGGAGAAGGAUGUUGGUAGUGACGAUGUUAGUGAUGAUCGCUGGUCUUAUUGCUUUGGGUGCUACGUUUGGGGUACAGCAAGGUUUUAUUCAAAAACAAGCCUCCUGUAGUGGUUAUGCUACUCAUUGUGCACGAUGUGUUAUUGAUACUGAUUUGAAAUGUGGAUGGUCAAUUAGUCAAGAUACCUGCGUGUCUACCAUAAAUCAUGAUUUGAGUGAUAUUUUCUCAAGUCCAACAGGAUGUCCUCCACGUCCGAAUGAUAGUGCGAUUACUGGAAUCUUGAUAACAGCAUUAAUUGUCUAUGUGGCUAGCUAUGCUCUUGGGUUAGGAUAUGCUCCAUGGUUGAUUCAGAGUGAAAUAUUUACUACAGCUAUGCGCGGCAAAGGCAAUGGGAUCUCAACAGCCGUUAACUGGAUAUGCAAUUUGAUCAUUUCUACCUCCUUUUUAUCAUUAACCGAUGCAAUGACCACUGGUGGUACUUAUUUCUUUUAUGCUGGACUCUCUUUAAUACUUUACAUAUUGAUCUAUUUUAUGGUACCAGAGACUGCAAAUCGAACUUUAGAGGAAGUCCAUCAAAGCUUUAUGAAAAGGAAGAAACCAUCAUCAUCUUUAUGAUACUCUUUGGUCCUUUUGGUUAAUCCAUUUUUGUAGUAUAGUUUUUUUAUUUAUUUAUUUAUCAUAUAUCUUGUCGUUAUUCGUUUUAUAUCUG